UAAAAAUGAAACAUACAACUAAUGAACAAGUUGAGUAGUUAAAUAUGACUCAGGUUGAUCUUUGGUAUUUUACCAUUCAGUCAGAUUAGAGUGAUCAAAUCACCGAACGACUGUUGUAUUUGUCUGGCAUCGAGCCAGCUCAUUAAUGGUGUAGUCGAAAAAUUUCAGCUGAUACAACUGAAUUAGUUCAAAUCACCUGACUUAAUCUGGCUAUCUGAUUUGCAUGAAUAGUUAUGCCUGAAAUAGAAUCAAUCAAUCUAGCUAGCUGACUUUACGCACCUGUACACACUGAAUAGCAUGAUCGAUAUUCAAACGAUUUACAAGUUGCUUCAUCCACGUUGACAAUAGUCAAAGCUGAGUACAUUUUCAACUCUCCAACAAUGGUAUCUGCAUCAUUGCCUUCUAAUUACUCAAGUUAUUCACUAGUAAUACAUCUCGUUAGUUCAGGACAUUUCCGUAUCAGAGAAUACAUCAUGUGGAGUGGUUUCCGACGUCAAUUCUGUUGAUACCACAGUCAAAUGGCAGUUGAACAGCUACUCACCUGUAUGAAAUGUCAGUGUGGAUCGUGAACAAUCUGUAAAUCAUUUACAAAUUGAUCAUCCUAUUUCGAGAUGAUACUAAUUUCAGAAGACAACUGGAAAAUAUGAAUAAAUCUCAGACAGGAACAGGUUAUGUACUUGGUAUUGUAUGUGCUAUACUAUGGAGUAUUAUCCUAAUUAUUAUUGGAUGCUGUACAUGUCGUCGACGUAAACAUUUUAAAAAAGAUUCAGAAACUUUAAUCUAUCUUGCACCUAUACAAGAUAAUCAUAUUUUAAAUACAUCCAGAGAAAAUGUUGAAAUUCACUCAGUUAGACGAACUUCAGCAAAAUCAACAUUUCAACGAACACGUGAACGUUUACAAUCGAAUUGGAUAUGUCUUGCUAUACAAUUUGGAUUAUUAACUAUUUUAACAAUUUUAUUAGGUACAGGUGUAAUAUUAGGAUUUACUGUUUCUAGUCAAUUUCAUACAAAUUUAGUUACAACAUCAAUUCAUGAAGAAUCUAUUGAACAUUUAUUAACUGUUAAAGAGUUAGAGAAGAAUAAUUCUCAAAAGGGUCAUAUUAUUCCACAAAUAUUAUAUGGUUUAGCUCAAGUCAAAGCUUAUGCUAAUGAAUUUGUACCUCAGACUAAAAUUGAUAUUCAACCUGUUGUCAAAGAAUUAAUUAUGUCUACUGAAGUGAUGCAAAAUCGUAUGACAAAUGAAUUCAAUACAAUAUUUUUUAAUGAUAUUGGUAUAACUGAAGCUUUUCAACUUGGUGAUAUACUUGGUGAACAUGUUGUUACCUUAAUGACAAAGUAUUUAUCUAUUGUACAAUUGAAUAAUGCAUUCAAGUAUACAUUUGAUGUAUUCAAGGUAGAAUUUCAAUCAUGGCUACGUUUAAUCAAUAUUGAUAGUAUGCAAAAUGAUUAUAAUUGUAUUGGAGAAUGUAGUAUUCUACGAUCAACAUUUAUUAAUAAUAUUUCUAUACGAUCUGAUUCAUUUAUGCCAGAAAUAAAUUUUGCUAUCGCUUUAAAAUUUCUUACAACUGAUCGAAAUCAAACACCUGAAAGUGUACAAGCUCAAUUGAAUCAUGGUAAAGAAUUAUCAAAUAGUCAAUUAGACAAAACAAAAGCUUUAAUGGCUAAAUAUAUUAAUGUACCAGAAUCUAUAGAGAAUAUGACAGAACAACAAUGGGAUAAUAUGACACCUCAAUUAAAUAAAGUUAUUACAAAAAUUGAUAAUAUUUUUAUGAUAAUUAAUCGAUUAAUUAUACCAAAAAUUGUUAUAUCAUCUAAUUUAUUUUUAACAUUAAAUUUAUUCUAUUGGUUCAGCAUAUUAUUGAUUACAAUUGGUCUUAUCUGGUUAAUUAUUCGAUAUCAUUUUAUACCAAUUGAAAUGAAGGUGAAUACACGAAAUCGUGUAUACCUUGGCUUAACUAUCAGUUUAUUCAUUUUGGCAUUGAGUAUCAUUUUAGCUUGUUUCUUCUAUUUAAUUGGUGGAUAUCUAUACACUGAAGGUUGUCGUUAUAUAAAUCCUGAAGAAAAUAUUAUUCAUAAUAAUACACAUUAUGAUAAUAGUGAGAAAACAAUAUUCCCUAUUGAUAAAUAUAUUAAUGACUUUAUUAAUCAUAAUUGGUUAGCAAUUGUUUCAUUGUUUAAAAAAUUUUCACAUAUGCCUAUACCACAUAUACGUAGUCCAAUUUAUGGUAUUCUAUAUAAUUGUCGUAAAAAUCAAGGGAUUCUAGAAGCAUUUGAUAGUAUAAAAGAUUUUGAUAUGAAAGCAUUAAAUGAUCCAGAAAUGUUGAAACGAUUUAGUCAUGUUGGAAAACAGAUCAUGAUUGAUUCUUUACGAUCAAUUAAUGUUGAUGAAAUAUUCCCUAAACAAACUGAUGAUAAUUUAGCCAUGGCAUCACGUUUAGAUGAUUUUAUUGUAAAUUAUAAUGAUGUACGAUUAAAACUUCCUAAAUAUUAUUUAACUAUUCAACAAUCAUCAUUAGAUCAGUCUGGUAAUUAUAUUCCAUGGUCUAUAAAUGAUAUGUGGAAUGUAUGGGAUGCAUACUAUAGUGAUAUAUUAAGUUAUCAUUUAUCUGUAGAACAAAUGAAUCGAUUAAAUACUGCUACAGAGAAAGUACGAACAAUAUUGACUCAAUUAGAUAAUAUAAUUUCACAGAUUGAUAGUAAUUUAACAGUUUUAUCUGGAUUAAAAAAAAUUGGUCCACAUGUUGCUAAGCUACAAAAUAAACUAAUCACCUUGAAAAAUAUUAUGAAUAAUAAAACAUAUUUAAUUGAUCGUGCUAUAGAAUUAUUUGAUCAACAUAUUCAACGUAAAACACCUGAAGAAGCUGAUAAAUUGAUUAUGAAAUAUGGACCAAAGAUAAUGUCUAAAGUGGGUCAAUGUCAUCGACUGUAUGAUGCUGCUGUGAAUAUCAAUAAUGCUAUAUGUGAUCAAUUUGUUAGUGUAUUGAAUGGCUUUUGGUUUCUAAUAGGUUGGAUCACUUUAAUCGGUACGCUAAUGAUCCUAUUCAGUUUAAUACUUUUAAUGCAUAAACCACCGAUGACUGAGAAAUCUUAUCAUAAAAAAGUUACACGUACAAAGAUCAAAUCGAAUAAAACUACAGUAACAGAGAAUCCCAAUGAAUUGGAAGCUAUGAACAACUCCCAACAACCUGUUGAUAAAUCAUUCUGA